CGUUGCCCGGUGCCGAUAACGGCAUGUCGCUUUUCCUAUCAAUUGUCACUCUGUACGACCGUACGACGCGGUCUACAGACCGCCUGCGCAAGAGCGUUCAGCGUCUGUUAGGCUUAGCUCCACGGCGGAUGCUUCCGAAAUGACGACGCUCGUGUGCAUGGGCAUCGGUUGGAUACCGUCUUUGGUCGGAAUCUGCCUGAUUGCGGCAGCGCUUUUGUCGUACGCGUGGGCUGCACUCACCGGAGCUGUGACCAUUUACGCUCCAUACAUCAGCGAGGCCGGUGCAUCUCCGCCGCAGAGUGGACUGUUCAGUCUCCUUCUCUUCGUUGCGUCAGUAUGGGGAUGCAUCACGAUGGUCCUCAGAUUCGUGGUGAUUCGCGACCUGAACCGGGAAUGCAGGGAGCUGAUCCGGGUUCUCAACGCGGUGUCCCUCGUUGUGGGACUUCUCGCCGUGCUCGGCAAUCUGAUCGUCGCUUCAUUUCCGGUCCUGACGACCAAGACCAUCCACAACGUCGGUGCUUACGCCAUGUUCUUUAACGCCGUGGUGUACAUGAUCCUCCAGACGGGGCUGACGUGUUGUCUCUGCCCUGACCACUACAGCAAAGCCAUGGUGUGGCUCAGGCUAUUCCUUUGCGUCUUGGCCGUCUUCGCCGUGAUCUUCACCGCUUGUUUACAGUAUAUUGGAGAAGCAUUGUGGAGCACUGAAGAGGCGGAACAUCCGAAGCACUUGCGCGUCCCUGGCGACCCCGGCUUCCGUGAGCUGACGCUGAGCUCGCUGGGUGAAUGGCUGCUCGUGGGCUGCUUCUUGGCGUUCUUCUUCACCUUCUCUUUCGAGUUCAGGCGCGUAGCGCUCACCGUCGACGUGUUCCCGCUCGUUCACCACAUGGACGAACGCAUCGAGGUCACCAGGCUCAGAUUUGAGGAGGCCAAACCGCUGCUCAGCUACUCUUCUUCCCUGUGAUCGCCUGGCAGUGGGACCACGGGAACAGAAACGGAAUAGACGCGAUGACGAUCCAAACGGCGAAGAGUGUAGCGGCGGUCAGCAGCGAGUCCUUGUGGGGCUCCUCUCACGACAUCGACCACAAACACAAUGUCGGACCUCGUUAACUGUCUCCCGAACGGUUGUCGCCUCGUACUUUAAAGGUAUUUUAAAAUCUCUUACGACGAGACAACAUGCUGGCUCGCUGGUGACAUCUAUGCGGUGACCCUGGAACAACAUUUCAGCAGAGCGAGCGAACGUUUUGCAGGGUCAAAUGUACGUACUACUAUGAGAAGUGGUCGUUUAUAACACUGACAAAAGUUUUUCAAGCCAAGAAAGACCGAACGAUGCGCGAAAGAAAUAGAAAAUCGCAGGUACGCUAGCUGAAAGAAGAGCAAGCGCGCUAACGAACUGAAUACUUGACGUAAACGCCCCUAAAACAGAAAAGUAAAGGAAAAAUAAUAGAAAAAGGGGAACUCCACGCCGUCUCCGAGCACAUUCUAGUGCGGAGGAACGCGGUCUUCCAUGUUAUUCUAACACCCUCACCUUUCGUGCCGACCUUUUGGAACCUGUGCAAUAUGUCGCCGGCUCUGCGGAAUGGCCUACCGUUUACGUGGUACAGCGAACAAAGUGGGACAUUUGCGCGGACAGACAAGCGAUUUUCACGUUUUAUACACAUUAUAAUUUCACGUCAUUACUAAUGUCUCACCUUAGAAAGAGUUGUGUCGUCUGCCAAAUGGCUGGUCUUAAUUCACUCUUAUGAGGUCGAUAAACGGAUCGAGGAUUUCGCGUAACAUUGUAGGAAUUGCGAAACGCUUGAAGUUCUUGUGACUAAAGAUCCGCACUGCCUGCCAUGCCUCAAAAAAAAAAAAAAGAAAGGAAAAAAUAUGAGAAUUAUUUUUGUCAUGCAAUUGGCUCUCAAGCUUGGGGUACCGAAAUACUAGAUUUACAUCGAAUAUCCUCGUAGAGCUACUGCAUGUGACAAUCUUUAGGUAUUAGACUAACUUAUUUCUUUAUAUCAUAGACACUCACUGGGAUACGAGUAUUGAAAAUGUGCACUGCGUCGGGUUAAAUAAACUUCUUGUAUACUGUCUUUUGUUCUCCGUGAUGCUCUAAAGCUUUUUUUAGUUUUCUUUUUUUUUUUAUUCUUGCGCUGAUCCCAUAAUUGGGCAGUUGUGUCUGAACUCAGUUUUCUUUUUUUAAAGUGUGCUGUUGGAAAUAAUUAUCAACGAUGUCUAAUAAAACAUGUGCCCGGUGAAUGCUCCCGCUAUGAAUCUUUGAUAUAUAAAGCGUACAAACA